AUGACCACCAGCUUCUCCUCCCUUCCCGUCGUUGAUGUCGGAUGCCUGGCGUCCGAGGCAUCCGAACAAGAGCUAGCAGCGCUCAGCAAGCGUCUUCACGAUGUCUUCGCUACAACCGGAUUUGCCUAUCUCACCAAUGCGCCUCUGAGCUACAGUCACGAACAAGUACUCAAUAUGUCGCGGGACUUCUUUGCCCUUCCUAAUGAAGAGAAGAUGAAACUUGCCAAACGAUCGUUUAGACGAGACCACAAGAACACAUAUCGAGGAUACUUCCCCACGCAACCAGAGCUGGCAAACGACAAUCUAAAAGAAGGCUUCGAAAUCGGUCCAUCGCAGCCCAUCCAGACGCAGUCCACCACUUCUUCCAAAUUUAACUUAUCCGAACCAAAUGUCUGGCCCGAUGCAACGAUCUUCCCCACGCGAUCUGCCCUGGAGACUCUAUAUAUUGAGCUACAAGCCCUCGCGUCUAAGCUAUUAUCCCUUUUGGCCAUUUCACUCGACAAACCGGCGGAUUACUUUGCCCCAUACCUGGAUGAAUCCCUGAGUACCCUACGACUUCUUCAUUACCCUGCCAAUGCAUCAGUUGCCUCGGGAUCUGGACCCGCGUCUGGAUCAGAGGCUAAACUAAGCUGUACACCACACACCGAUAGCGGCAUUUUAACCCUUCUGCACCAAGACUCAUCUGGCGGGCUAGAGGUGCGCAACUCACGCGGUGAGUGGGUCUCGGCACCGUAUAUUCCCGGAUCUAUUGUUGUCAAUAUUGGAGAUUUGAUGGCCAAGGUUUCGGGGGGUCGGUUUGUUGCCACUAUGCAUCGCGUUCGGGCUCCAGGGCUGAAUGCCUCAGCUUCUUCCAUUGGAAAAUUGGGUGGGGAGGAUCGAGGUCUGGGAAGACUCAGUGUGCCAUUUUUCUUUGAGCCUGGAGAGAAUUGUUUGGUUAGAUCUGUCAAUGGAGAUGAGGGAUUUGUGGUAUAUGGCGAGCAUGUGAGGGCUAAGAUGAAGACCUGGGUGGAGUUCCAGGAUGAUGAGGAUCGGUAG